AUAAAAACCAUACAGCUAUUGGAAUAGAAAUAGAUACAUCUUAGAGUAUAAUUCUAACUUAUAACUCGUCAUAUACUGAAACAAAUUAGAUUGACAAUUGAAAGUUUUUUUUAUCAACAAUGAAAUCAAAUGAAAAUAUUAAUGAGAGAUUUAAGUGGCAAAGAUUUUUUAUAUCAACGUUCGGCCUCUGGCCACUGCAAAGAGACAAUUUUUAUCGUAAAUUUCGUAUUGGUUAUUAUCUUUGUCAACUGAUAAUACUAACAGUAUCAGUGGUUUAUAAGCUUUCAAUAAACUGUGGGGACGUUGAUGAUACCCUCCUCUCUUAUCUUUUGCUAAUAGGGAGUAUCAUGAUAUUCAUUAAAAUAUUCUAUGCGUCUACAUGUCGUGACUAUUUAAAACGACUUUUAAUUUCUUCAUACCAAGAUUGGGAGUCGAUAAAAAAUGCCGACUACAUUGAACUCAUGGUCAAUAAUUCGGCAACUUAUAAUACCGUCUCAUUGCUAAUUUGCAGUUCUAGUCUAAUUUCAAUAAUUUUGUAUGACAUUAAAAUAAUAUUUUUUACUGACAGCAGCUCAGUACCAAUUCUGGACCAUCAGUUAAAUAGAACAGUUUACAAGGAUCAGCUUCAAUUUUUAUUACCUAGUAGUUGCAUUUUUAAUAAUGUCAGUCAAAAUUUAUAUUAUGUGAUUCUGAUUAACCAAAUGGUACAGUCAUAUAUUAUAAUAGCUGGAGGCAGUUGCAGCAGUGCUAUGUUUAUUUUAGUAACUGGACAUAUUUGUGGACAAUUUGAUAUUCUUAUAAAACGAAUGGAUAAAUUUUGUGACAAUAAUUAUAAUUUUGAAGUUAAAAAUCAUGAAUUGACGAUGAUCAUUCAGAGGCAUCAACAUUUGAUAUUUUUGUCAGAUUCUUUAGAGAUUGUUUACAAUAAAGUUAUAUUAACGCAAAUGGCAGGAUGUCUUACAUCAUUAAGUAUUUCUGGUAUUGUUUUGCUAUUGAGUAUCAAUGAAAAGGAUAUUAUAACCACUAUGAGAUCAGCCUGUAUAAUGAAUUUAAUUAUACUUGAAAGCUACAUAUUUGCUCAUAUGGCAGAUACUUUGUCUGGAAAAGGAGACGUUAUGUUAAGAACAAUAUACAGUUAUUGGUAUAAAAUUCCAAUUAUAAAUAAAAAUAUUGUUGUCAUUACAAUGCGUCUUUGUACUGCGCCAUAUCUUACUGUGGGUAAAUUUUUCAAUUUAACUAAUGAAUCAUUUAUGGAUAUCAUAAAAACAGCCUUUUCUUAUUUAUCAGUAUUGCGAUUAUUCUUAAUAGAAUCAUAAUUAUUUCAUCGUUUAGUUUUAAUUUGGUGUGAUCUAAUAAAUUUUAUUAAUAUUAACAUGCAAGAUUUUUCUUUAACUCUUGCGCAAACCUACUCACCAGUCUUUUAUUUAUCCUCGAAUUUAUAUGACUGUCAAUUUUGGUGCAGACCGUAAAAUUACUUACGCAUUUCUUUAGCAAAAAUGUUGCAAGUUAUGCGUGAGUAACUUCAAUUGAUUUCUGUCGCAAAUUUUUUCUUAAGAAAUGGAUGUGAUUUUAUUAAUGAGCAAUGAGUAAGAUAUCUGCAAAAUUACUUUAUAUAAUAUCAUGGGCGAGUCAUACGAAAAUCUUGACAAUUACUCACAUUAAUAUCUUGUGACAGAUUUAUUGGUAUAAAAAGAUUUAGAUAUGUAAGGUUUUCUUGAAGGACG